AUGCUGUCAUUACCCACUGAGCCGCGUCUAUCCCUGCAAACUAUACAUACCGCUGCAAUGGACAUGUUAUCAGGCUCGGAAUCAAGUAAUUUUUGCCGAAAACCCGAAAUUAUGGCAGAUGCUGUUUACGCGUUGCUUUGUAAAGAUAGUAAAUCCAUUACUGGAAAAUUCUUGAUUGACGAAGAUAUAUUAAGAAACGAAGGCGUUAACGACUUCACAGAUUAUGCGUGUAAUCCAGCAAACAAGGACAAUUUAAUGUUGGACUUCUUUCUGGGUGACAACAUUCCAAAUGUCCAAGAUGAGAAAACGAAACAUCUUGACAAAACUAGCAGCAAUGAAACUGGACAGGUAGCACGUAUAUUUAGUGCCAUCGACGCAAAUUUAAAUAGCGAACUAGUUAACAAAACUGGCGCUAUAUAUCAAUUCAACGUGAAAGGAAAAGAAUCUGGUACAUGGUUUCUGGAUUUAAAAAAUGGAAACGGAGCAAUUGGCAAAGGAGAACCGAGCCAGCCAGCAGAUGCAACACUUACAAUGGAUUCAGACAACUUUUUUGCCAUGUUUUCAGGUAAACUGAAACCUACUGCUGCGUUUAUGACGGGAAAACUAAACAUUAAUGGAAAUCUGCAGAAAGCAAUGAAACUGGAAAAAUUAAUGAGCAGUUUAAAAUCCAAACUGUAAAACGGAAAUAUAUAUCAAACCAAGUCUACAAGAGAAAACUUUACAAUUAAUCAAUUUCGAUAAAUCAAAGGUACUGCUAUUUCACAAUUGCGUUUACCCAAUUUCUGUUUCCAGAUGUUGUAGUUACUUGUAUUAAUGUAUAUCAAAUUGUGGGUAAAGAGAUAUAUUUUUCUACUUAAAAGAAUGUAAUAAAAAUCUCUUUGAUCAAAAUAUUUAAAAAUUAUAUUUUUACAUUAAAAAUAUAUCUAAUUAUGUAAAUUCAAUUGUUUCCUCAUAGAAAUCAUUUUAGUAAUGAAGUGUUUUAUUUUUUUGUAUUAAAAAAUGUUACCUAAGAACAACUGCAUGUGUACUUUUUUAUUUGCUUAAAGCAUUUUUUCUUUUUAUGCAAACAGUUCUUUUCUUUAUUUAUUAAUAUGCACAAUUGCAUUUACACAAUUUCUGUUUCCAUGAUUUUUUGUAGUUAUGUAUUUUUGUAUGUCUAAUUGUGUGUAUAAAGAGAUAUGUGUUUUUCCAUUUUAAAAAAUAUAAUAAGAAUCUCUUUGGUUAAAAUUAUUAAAAAUUUUAUUUGUUUAUUAAAAAUCUAUCUAUUAAUAUGUGUGUAAUAUUCCGCACUUUGUCUCUUAUUAAUUUUAUUACCUUUAAAAUAUAUGUUGUAAUAUUAUUCCAUAAUAUACAUAUACAUAUUCCAUGAUAUACAUACGAGCACCUUAGAGGUAAACUGUGUUAAGUUACAUUUUUUCGAAAAUUGAGUUAUUGUUAUUACAAAACUAUACUCCAAUUUUUACCCAAUGAGAAAUGUUUUCAAUGAAUAUUUUCACAUUUCAAUAGAGAUGUUAACUAUAUAAAGUUAAGUCACAUUCAUCAGGUAAACAGUAUUAAGUCACAUUAAAAACGUAUUCCGUAAUCAUACAACUUCCUUUCUGAAACAUAUUGAAAUUUGAUAUUCUCUAUGAAUACAAAAAAAUCUGCAAAACAUUACAAAGUAUUUUACUGAGAGCCUGUCAAAAGCGAAAAAUCUCUUUAGAUCCUUCUCCUGAAAAAUUGUUUAUGUGACUUAAUACAGUUUACCUCUGAAGUGCUCAUACGGUUAUAUGUAAUAUAUUAUAUAUGGUUAAAACACACACACACAUUUUCGCGAUUGUUAUAUAUUCGGCUCCGCUCAACGCUUCGAGCCGCUCUAUUAUAUUGAACUGAUGUAAAGUCCGACAUUUCAUAUUACACGACCUAAUACAAUGAUGCGAAAAA